AUGUACAAAAGACACGGUAUGCACGACAUGGGCUCAUCGUCAAUGGAUAUGGGAUCAAUGGCUUCUUCGACAAUGAGUAUGGCAAUGGAAACAAUGUCUAGUGCCAUGAACAGUAGUAGCAGCAGUAGUGGAAUGGGAGACAUGGAUCACAUGGGAGGAGAUGACAGCAUGAGUCAUAUGGCUGGUAUGCAUAUGUACUUUACCAGAGAAUUCAAGGACUAUCCAGUCAUUUUCAAGAGUUUGUCCGCAUCCACCAAAGGCGAGGCGUUUGGUAUAUUUAUAUUGCUAUUCUUUGCUGCCUUUUUUGCCAGAUUUUUGGAAUUUGUUAGAAACUAUUUGGAAGAAGUUGUAUGGCAGAAUAAGAAUUAUAGUGAGUUUGAAGCUGGUGUUGUUAAUCAUGGAGCUAAUUUGCAUGCUUCACCUACGGCUCAAGCUGGCGUAGUGACUACUGGCAGAGCAGGCGCAUGCGCAGGCGCAACAAGUGUGGAUGAUGAAAGUAUGGACAAGAACGUCUCCAAUGAUGACGUGAUUGUUCAAUCACAGGAAUCACAAUCGUUGAAUCGCAAUCUACCCAUUGCUAGCACCAUAAUGAGAGAUGCUAUACGGUUGGUUUUAUGUAUUGUUCCCGACUUGUUUGGAUACACAUUGAUGUUAGCCGCAAUGACGUUUACAUUGACAUAUUUCUUUGCUGUUGUUAUUGGCUCAGGAGUGGGAAGAUUUGUUAGUGAAAGAUUGAUGGAAAAGUUUAGAAUAAAGCGUACCCCUCCAAGAAACUGUUGCUAG